GAGAGGGAGGGCUUGUGUUGUGUUAAGAAAGAACAGUAGAAAAGGAGAAGAGUGAUUGAGAUCAAAAUUCAAUGGCAUCGAAUUCGAAUCAGCAAGAAGGGAACAAACCGGCGAAGAGGAAACCUGUGUUCACAAAAGUGGAUCAACUGAAACCUGGUACCAACGGUCACACUUUGGUCGCUAAGGUUUUAUCUUCCAACACUGUCUUACACAAAGGAAGACCCUCUUCAUCCAACAACCUUCGUCCCACUCUCAUCGCCGAGUGCCUCAUCGGUGAUGACACAGCCACCAUCAUCUUCACCGCUCGCAAUGAACAAGUUGACUUAAUGAAGGCUGGAACUACAGUUGUUCUUCGAAAUGCAAAGAUUGACAUGUUUAAGGGAUCAAUGAGGCUGGCAGUUGACAAAUGGGGGCGCAUUGAGGUUACUGAACCUGCCAAGUUUGUAGUUAAAGAGGAUAACAACCUAUCUUUGGUUGAAUAUGAAUUGGUGAACGUGGUUGAAGAAUAGUUGCGUAGGAGAGUGCAAAGAUAGCUUUAUGAUUUGUUUAUGGUGCAAUGGAUACUCUCAAGGUAAAACUUAACUAGUGAUGAAU